AUGGGGGAUAAUAUGCGAAUCUGCGGUCGUUCUAGACGGGAAGGGCAAGUCAUUACUCAUUUUCACCAUUACCGUGUUGAAAUUUUCUGUGAGGUCAUUGUUUUGAUUUCACAAGAAAUGCAAAACCGUUUCCCAGAAACUAGCACAGAAUUACUUCUUCUUUUAUCAUGCCUUGAUCCAAGGGACUCAUUUUCCAAAUUCAACAUCUACAAGCUACUUCAUCUUGCAGAACUUUAUCCAGAAGAUUUCACAAUGACUGAGCGCAUGAUGCUUGAGGAUCAAUUUGCUACUUUUAUUUAUGAUGUGCGGCAUAAUGCAGAUUUUAUAAAUGUUGCGGACUUGGGAGGUUUUGCUAGGAAAAUGGUUGAGACAUGCAAACAUAUUAUUUUUCCACUCAUUUAUCGCCUUAUUGAGUUGGCAUUGGUUUUACCAGUUGCGACAGCUAGUGUUGAGAGGGUGUUUUCGGCGAUGAAUAUUGUGAAAACUGACUUACACAAUAAAAUGGGAGACGAGUGGAUGAAUGAUAGCCUGGUUGUCUAUAUUGGGCGCAAGGUUUUUGCAACUAUAGACAAUGAAGCAAUGCUACAAGGUUUUCAAAAAAUGCAAACUCGGCGGAUGCAAUUACCUCCUCUUAGUCUUAGCCACAUGGCUCACAUUUCUAGCAUUAACGCUAGCAUUGGUUCGAGUUCAAGUGUACGGAAAUAG